AUUUUAAAGCUCGUUGUUGCGGUUGCUUACUUUUCCUGCGCUUUGAGUGCGGCAAGACGUGCUGAAGCCUCUGCUUCAAGCUGAAAAUGUUACACAGGAAGACAUACCAUGUACAGGAGCUUCAGAAAGAAAUUGAAACCCAUACAGAUAUCUUCCAUAGCCUGGAUGAAAAUGGACAGAAAAUCUUGAGAUCCCUUGAAGGUUCUGAUGAUGCUGCCUUGUUGCAGAGACGCCUGGAUAACAUGAACUUCCGAUGGAGUGAACUUCGGAAAAAAUCUUUAAAUAUUAGGUCUCAUCUAGAAGCCAGUUCUGAUCAAUGGAGACGUUUACACCUUUCUCUUCAGGAACUUCUGGCAUGGCUGCAGUUGAAAGAAGAUGAGCUAAAGCGACAGGCACCCAUUGGUGGUGAUCUUCCCACUGUACAAAAGCAGAAUGAUACCCAUAGGGUAUGAUUUUUUUA